AUAUGAUAAAAACCCUUCCAGUCGUUUCUCUUUCAGUAGCAAAAUCGCAGAGGAAAAAUGGUAUCACUGAAGCUUCAGAAGCGCCUCGCCGCUAGCGUCCUCAAGUGUGGAGGGGGCAAGGUCUGGCUUGAUCCCAAUGAAGUCAACGAAAUCUCAAUGGCUAAUUCAAGGCAAAACAUCAGGAAGCUAGUAAAAGAUGGAUUCAUCAUCAGAAAACCAACCAAGAUUCAUUCUCGGUCGCGUGCCCGCAGAAUGACGGAAGCCAAGAGGAAAGGACGUCACUCAGGAUACGGUAAGCGCAGGGGAACCAGGGAGGCAAGGCUACCGACUAAGAUUCUUUGGAUGAGAAGAAUGCGUGUACUGAGGCGUCUUCUUCGUAAGUACCGGGAGUCCAAAAAAAUCGACAAGCACAUGUAUCAUGACAUGUAUAUGAAGGUCAAGGGUAAUGUCUUCAAGAACAAGAGAGUUCUAAUGGAGAGUAUUCACAAAUCAAAAGCUGAAAAAGCUAGAGAGAAAACACUUUCUGAUCAAUUUGAGGCCAAGCGCGCUAAGAACAAGGCAAGCCGAGAACGUAAGAUUGCGAGAAGAGAGGAACGUUUAGCACAGGGUCCUGUAGAAAGAGGAACUCAACAAGCAGAGGUUGGUAAGAAGGCCAAGAAAUGAGUGCAAACCAGACCCAUUUAUGAAUUAUUUCAGGUUUCAUAGUUUUAUUUUCUAAUCACUUGAAGAAAUUCCAAGGCCUAUGUCUCAUAAGCUUAUCAUAUGUUAGCUGUCUUCAAACUCAGAGGAUUAUUCCAUAAGUUUAGUAUCAUUAGUUAAUUUGGAUUUUGGAGGAA